AUCUUUAAUGUAGCAGAGGUCACACAAAGGAAAAGCUAUUUUAGGACUGUGCACUGCUACAGUAAAGACCUUACCUGCGACUUGGCGUUGCAGCAUAAGCUAAGACACAGUGUUGGAUUAUGGAGCAGAAUUUGACAGACCUGCUGGGCAGCAGUGGCUUUGAGGACGUAUUGAUGAGUUACACCUCACCAACAACUAACUCCUCUGCAGCUUAUGAGUAUGCCUUCUACUACUCAGAACUACACAUCAUCUGUCAUCUUGAAGGUAUUCCAGAAUUUGCAUCUACUUUAUUUCCAGUGCUGUACUCCAUACUGUUUGUGGCAGGCCUCGUGGGAAAUGCUUUGGUUUUUUGGAUUCUGACUGUCUCCAUGAAAAUCAAGACCAUGGCUGACGUAUAUCUGCUGAAUCUGACUGUCUCUGACCUCCUCUUGUUAUUCUCCCUGCCCUUCUUGGUUCAGUACUCCAUUGCGAGCCAGUGGACUUUUGGAAAUGCACUGUGUAAAAUCAUCAGCUCAGUUUACUUCAUUGGUUUCUACAGCAAUGUCUUCUUCUUAACCAUCAUGACCAUCGACAGGUACUUGGCCAUAGUCCACUCACUCCAUGUCCAAGGGAUUCGGACAACUGCCAUUGGGUUUAUCACCAGUCUGGUUGUUUGGGCAGUUGCCAUUUUAGCAUCAAUGCCAGACUUACUUUUUUUCCAGGAAGUGAAUGACAAUAACCAGAUUAAGUGCCUCCCUCACUAUCCUGGUGGCAACAAUGGCUGGAAGACUUUCAGUAAUUUUGUAGUCAACAUCCUGGGGUGGCUAAUCCCUGUUGUUGUCCUCAUUUUCUGCUAUCAUAGCAUCUUGAAAAACCUGCAGAAGUGCCAUACCAAGAACAAGUACAAAGCAAUAAAACUGGUUUUUAUUGUUGUCAUUGUGUUCUUUCUCUCCUGGACCCCAGUCAACAUUGUGCUGUUUUUGGACUCUCUGAGGAACAUGUCCAUCAUCGAUGACUGCCAGACAAGCCAAAGGCUAGACCUAGCUGUGGAGCUGACUGAGGCACUCUCCUUUGUCCACUGCUGCCUCAACCCAGUCAUCUAUGCUUUUGUGGGUGAGAAGUUCAAGAAGCAUCUCUGUGACAUUUUCAAAAAAUCUGCAUGUUUUCUGUCGAACUGCAAAGGCUACGGGGUUUUUAAUGGGCGCAGCCUGGACAAGCACUCCUCUCUGCACACCAAGUCCUCACAGUUGUCUUCUGCUGGCACUGUCUUGUAGAACAAGUCCAAAACUAUCAUCCUGGACAGGUGACCUAAAAUUGAGAAAUCCUCAACUGCGCAUCCACAGCCAUGGACUGUUUGAGCAACCUUUUAGGACAUGAAAAUUGAAAGCAGCUGCUUGAUUUUGCUUUUAUCGUGGUUACUUUUGGUGUUCUCACUUUUUAGAGGUUUUUUUUUAGCAUCAUCCUCCCUUUCCCUUGGCACAUCCUGCCUUGCUUGCUUCAUGAAAAAAACAGCAGACUCCCACACAGCCAGAGCAACAUGGAGAGGUACCUUAGAAACAUACCACCCCACCUUCAGACUGAGUAAAAAAUUUUAUGUUUCCAAACCCUGGACACUUGGCCAUUCCUUCCCUUGUCGCAGCAGAGUGUGUUGGCUUUGUGAGCAGGGAUGGGACUCACUGCAGAAGAGGGAACCUGCUCUUUGGAGGGAAAUGGGGCCAAAGCUUAAGGUGUCAUGCCAGGGCCUGGCUCCCAGUUGACAGAUCUAAACAGUGCUUCCAGCCCCAGAAGAGCUUAGUGAGUGAGUAAUUGGAUGAGCAACCAAGAAAUAAAUGCUGUCCAUGUUUUGGAAAAUCAAUAUGAAUUAAUAUCUGGGUAUGAUCCUGACUCCCCAUCUGCUACCAGGGCCUGCAGCUUCUUGGCUGGAAGGGUUUGAAGCUGUAGCUUAGAAAUUAUGCUGUGAAUGUCAAGGAACAACCCCCUACAGGAAUGAAUGGAUGGAGAAAUUGUUACCGGAAAAAGGCUGAAGACUGGAAAAAAUAGUGGGUGUAAGCUGUCACACAUCCCUGUCAGGAGACUUUCUGAACAUUUUUGAACUUUAUGAACUGGUAAACUGGCGUGCCAGUGUGGUCACUGCUCUUGAGCAGGGAGCUGGGGUUGACAUUCCAGUUACUGUUCCAACUUGGAAUGACUGAUUUUAUAUAUGUGAAUGGCUACCCAUUCGUAUAGAUAUAUCUAUAUGUAUCUAUAUAUAUAGAGCUAUGUACAUAUACAUGCAUAUCUGUACUUGCCCAUGUGUGUAUAUAUACACAAAUACACACAAAUAUAUUCCUGUAUUUAUACAUAUAUAUACUUUUAUAUGUGCAAAUACUGUUAGAAAAAUGCAAUGGUUUGCUAAAGCUUUUUGUUCUCUUCUAUUUGUCCCUACAAGAUACCACAAUAUUUUCAGUUUAUAAUAAAGAUACUGUGUGCAGUGUAAUUGCACAAUCUUUACACCUGAGGAACCUGUUUCAUCAUUAUUUGUGUCAGCAUCUGCAUUUUAUUCUGUCCUGGACAGAUCUACACAACUGAUGGUCCUUCCCUCUGCCUCUUCUCUGCCCCCUCUUCAGUUCAGCUGCUGCCUGGUCCCAGCAGCAGGAUCGCUGCCUGGUGCAGCAGUACAGCCUCUACCUUUCAGGUGCCUUAUUGACAGCCAGUUUUUUUUUGGAUAUGCAAACCUUCAGGUUCUCUAGAAGGGGUUUCACAAAAUUCAGGGCAAUGCCAAAGGGUGGUGGGCAAGAGUAUGGCAGCAACUCUCUCCCCUGCAGAUUCACAGUAUGAGCCCUCUAGAGUACAAGCCACUCAGCUGAAGCACAAGAGAUAGGAAUGAUUUCUGCAGCCUCAACAGCCUCACCCUGUAC